GGUCAAAUUAGCUUCUCACCCACCCUCUAAUCUUUUCAAAUAUUCUCUCUCCAAUAAUAUCUGCUUAUUAAUCCGGGGAAAAAUCAAAGAGGGCUAAAAUGAAGCUCUGAGCAAGUGAAGGGCAAAAAAAAAAAAGAAACUGUCUAAGGAUAACAAUAGAGAAAGUUCUAUUUCUAUAUAACAAAACAAAAAAGAGGAAAUUAUACACUAAUUUGUUUUAAGCAUAGUGCAAGAAGAAGUCCCCAACUGAGGAGAAGUCGUUAUUGAAGUCCCUCCCCUAUUCAAGAAAAAAGAAAAAGCUUUUUCUUUAUCAGAAGAAAAAUAAAGUAAAUGUGACAGACUGUAGAAGAAGUAUUAGUAUAGUAUCAGUAAGAAGCUCAGCAGGAGCAGGAGCAGGAGUAGGAGCAGCAAGAAGAAGAAAUUAAAGAGAGAAAGAAGGCUCAGUAGCUGUUCUGCCUACUGUUUCACCAGUCAGUAAUUAGAGCGAUAGACCUAAAGUCACAAUUUUUCUAUAGAUCUUCUGAAAAAGAAUUUCAGACAAGACCCCACUUCUUUAUUUUUUUUUUAUUUUCUCAUUAAACAGACAGACAGAAAAACACCGUGAAAGUCACAAUUUCUUCAAGAUUUGCUCCUACAAUUAUAUUGCUUCCAAGAUAGCAACAUUUUUUUUACCAUUUAGUGGAAGAAAUCUUCUGAAGUCCGCAGCUGUGGCUACUGCUAGGAGAUUGCUGCAGGCUUCAGAUUCUGGGGCUUUUGCAGACUGGGUAGCUAAUUCGUCUACUUCAUCAGCUGCUGCUAUUGGGGACCUCUCUUUAGGUUUCAACGCUGGCACCACUAUCAGUGGUGGUGGUGGAAAUGGAACCACCGGCGGUGGAGGCGGAGGUCAUAGUGGUAUGUGGUCUGCAUCGUCAUCUAGACAGAUGCAGAUCAACUAUGGCCUCCAACCAGAAAUGGGUAUGUUUGUUGUACAUCCAGCAUCCUUCCACCACCACCAUCAUAACCAAGAAAGUACCAUCAAUUUUGACCCUCAUCAUCAUCAUCAGUCCAUAAAUGUUACUUCCAAUCUCUCUAAUACAUCUGCUACCAACACAUCUCUUGGUGUUGGUGUUGGUGUUGGUGUCAUCCCACUCCUCACAGCCACUCCUUUAACAAACAUGGUUAGCUUUGAUGAUCAAGAUUUGGUUAGUAGAAAUAGAGGAGGAAAUGAUGGGAGUGGGUUUCAGUUCUUUUCAAAUCAACAACCACAAAAUUCUACUAAUUAUACUAAAAAUAGUACUAGUAACAUUCUUGGUGGUGGUAGUGGCAACAUUGGUGGUAACAAUAAUAUUGGUGGCUCAGUUUCAUCAACAAGUUCAACAACUUGUCAAGAUUGUGGUAAUCAAGCAAAGAAAGAUUGUACACACAGGAGAUGUAGAACUUGUUGCAAGAGUAGAGGUUUUGAUUGUACAACACAUGUAAAGAGCACUUGGGUACCAGCUGCUAGAAGGCGUGAGAGACAACUAAUGGCGGGUGCAACAACAAAUGUUAAUGUAGCUGCUGGAUCUUCUUCUCAGUCUACUUCAAGUGCUAAGAAACCUAGACUUGUAAAUUCUCAGACCACUACAACUGCUUCACAUACCUCUACUUCAAAUAAUACUCCUCCAAGAAGUUUUGACACUAGCUCUAGUCAUCAAGAUGCAAGUUUUAAAGCCUCAUUGCCAGGACAAGUGAGGGCACCAGCUGUAUUCAAGUGUGUAAGAGUUACUUCAGUGGAUGAAGGAGAGGAUGAAUAUGCAUAUCAAGCUGCUGUGAGAAUUGGAGGCCAUGUUUUCAAAGGUUUCCUUUACGAUCAAGGGCUUGAUGAGGGCAAAAAUAAUAAUAAUUUUCCAAAUUUAUCUGACUUGCAUUUGGGUGGUGGCAAUGGCAAUGAACCUUCUGAUCUUUAUGCUACUUCUACUGGUGGAGGAUUACUUGGAGGAUCAAACUAUGGUAACCCAAUAAAUUGAUUAUUAUUAUUAUUAUUACUAUUGAUUAUUAUUAAAUUCCUCCUUGGAAAAGGAGUUGAGGAAAUCAUGUGUAUUUGUAACUUUUUUAUUAAUCAUUUUUAAUUUCUUUAUCAAAUUAUAAAAUCAUGACAUUGAUAUAAUCUUUAUUAGUAUUUUAUUACAUGUAACUUUUUUGAGUUUCUUAUGUGGUUCCUUCUAAAGUUUUCAACAGAAAAUAGAAUCUUCAUUUGCAAGAACCAAGUAAUUUUUCUUUUUAUGGAAAAUUUUGGUAUCCAUGAAUUGUACUGUGCUUAUCUUCUGACCUUGCCCGUCUGCCUGGUUUUUCAACUUUCAAAGCUGGGGACUAUUGUGAGCUCUUGGUCUGAACUCUAUUUACUUAACUUACUAUGUACCUCUUUUAUUUAUUUUGUUUUUCUUUGUUUCUUUUCUUAGAGAGCGUUACUUGGCUUGACAACAUUGGUUAUCUGUACUGAAACUAUUUUCUUUUUGAAUAUCUUAAUCAAUUAUAGCAGGUAAUAUGAUUUAUUGUCCAGGUUAUUCGUCUAAUUUGCUAGGAAUGGUUGAUUGACUGCAUGUGGAUAUUUUAACGCUAUAAGUUAAAUGCUUUGUUUGAGCAUUAUGCACAUGGAAUAUAACAACGAUAUACAUGAUUUAACUACUGUAUUCUACUAUAGUAUGUCUAACAAAUUAUGGUAGAGCAUAUAUGAAUAGAGUGUAUUAGUAUUAUUGGGAUUAGUAUAUAUUGUUUGAUUGUUCUGGUAAAUGAUUAGAAUGAACUAAAAUAGAAAUACUAUUUGAUAUGCGUGGUGUAUUUGAGUAGGAAUUGUCUAAGUUGCAUGGACUCUUCAUUUUUUAUGCCACAUCCCGUGUCGGAUUCUCCAAAUAUACAUUGCUUUCGGAGAAUCUGACACUCACCGGUCGACUUUUCGAAAAAUCCGAACAACAUAGGGAAUAGUAUCCUAUAUUGUUAAUAUUAUCGUUUAUUAUAUAAAAGAACUCUACUGUACUGAAUGUGUUGCUAAUAUACAUAUAUUGAUUGAAUACACAGUCAAAUA